AUGUGAGUUAUUUACAUGUCCCAUUUUCCUGUUUCUGUCUUAUUUCAGUGUUUGGCCUUCGUUGACCAGUACGCACCACUUGUCCUUGACCUUCUUGCCAGCGACAUUGACCCCAGGCAAAUCUGCAAGACCAUAGGCUUGUGUCCAACCAGCCAGAAGGGUGUCCAGAACAAGCUACACAAGUUGUUGGGGCAGGGCAAGUGCUCAUAUGGACCAAGCUUCUGGUGUGCCAGCAAAGAUAAUGCCAUACAGUGCAAGGCCAUGGAGCACUGCCAGAAACAUGUCUGGAACUAGACACAAGCCAGGAUCAGGAACACAGCGAAAA